CUGCUAUAUACCACUCUACUAUAUACACCGCUACUAUAUACAGUAUUCAUUAUGCCCAAGGGAAGCGGACUCACCAAACCUCUCAGCCUUAGCGAUGACCUUGCUGACCUCCUAGGGGCCAAGAAAGGGGAGAAACUGAGCAGGCCUGAGGUUGUGAAGAAGCUGUGGGCCUACAUAAAGGAGAAGAAGCUGCAGGACCCCGAGAACAAGCAGUUCUUCACCCCAGACAAGAAGAUGGAGCCCAUCUUUGGCAAGGAGAAGAUCAGAGCCUUUGGAAUGGCUAAAUUCUUGAAAACGCAUUUAACAAAUUGAUCACUCCCCGCCCCACUGAUACCCCUGUACUAAGCUGCCCCUGGAGUUACAUUGCUGUGGAAGAUUAAAUUUCUAAAAUCUGAAAUCAAGAAGAGGAAAUCUCUCCCUUGUAAUCUAGAAUACUCCUUGAAAAUAUGUAUAUAUAAAAUUUUAUCCUAAUACAAUAAAGUACAAAGUCUUGUA